AUGAAAGAUAAACACAAGAUCAACAUAAUCUUUGUUCUUUAUGACUCACAUGAUAACAAAUUGGUGAAACCUGAGGAUAUUCAAACAAAAGUGAUCCAUUUCUAUUCUUCUCUUCUUGGAUCUUGUGCAGCUCAACUACCUAUGAUUGAUGUGCCUAGCAUCGAUGACACUAAGGCACCUGAGAUUGAUGAAUUGAAUGAUGUAUUCUUUAAGACCACUUGGCCUCAACUUUGGUUCCUAAUUAAGGUUCCUAAUCCAUCAAAGGUUGACGAUCUUAGACGUAUUGCAUGUUGUACAGUCUUGUACAAGAUCAUCUCAAAAAUCUUGACUGCUAGACUACAAAGAGUUGUAGGUGGUGUUGUUAGUGAGUGUCAGGCAGGGUUUAUACCUGGAAGACAUAUCUCUGAUAAUAUUCUGCUUGCCACAUAA